UCCCUUUUUCGGAUGGUUAUAAGAAGAAGAGGUUUUUUUCCAAAUCACACACAGCAGGAAUCUCAAGCCGCAGGCAGGAUGAAGGGGCUCUUUGUGGUGCUGACCUUAGCUCUGAUUGCCUGUGACAUCACUCCUCUCUGUGGUUUUCCUUUGGAAAGCUUCCUGAUCAAUUUGGGAAGGUGCCAAUGUUUGAGGGAGGCCUCCAUGGCCGUUCCUAUUAAGGACAUUAAAUCUAUUCGACUGAUCCCUCAGGGAGUCCAUUGCCGAAGGACAGAACUUAUAUUAACCCUGAGAAGUAACCACAGGGUCUGUGUCUCCCCAAAUGCUGGAUGGACUAAGGAAUUACUUCGGAGAUUAACAAAGAGGUAA